AUGCCAGUGCCACCACCACCACCUCCUCCUCCUCUGCCUCCACCUCCCCCACCACUGGGGGCUCCUCCCCCUCCCCCACCGUCAGCACCCCCGGUAAGUGCAGAUGCUUCCAGCUUGAGAAAGGCAGAUCCUAAAGGUCGGAGUGCACUGUUGGCUGAUAUCCAGCAAGGGACUCGCCUCCGAAAAGUUACACAGAUCAAUGACCGCAGUGCCCCGCAGAUCGAGGGUUCUAAAGGAACCAACAAAGAGGGAGGAGGUCCUCUAAAUUCUCGAGCGGGGAGCACACCUCCAGCCCUGGGAGAUCUGUUUGCUGGUGGCUUUCCAGUUUUACGACCGGCAGGCCAGAGGGAUGCAGCAGGUGGCAAGACCGGCCAGGGCCCUGGCUCCCGAGCGCCUUCCCCACGGCUUCCCACCAAGACUCUCAGCGGCCCGUUCAACCCCCCGGGGUCUCCCAGGCUAGGCAACGCCUCUGAGGGGCACGGCGCGACCAGAGCGGUCCCUCCUCGCCCCAGCAUGCCCGCCCCACCUCCCCCCACGCCGCCUCCACCGCCCCCGCCCCCACCUCCACCCCUGCCCCCGUCCUCCCCGGUCAGAGCUCCGCUGGUGUCCCCACCUGGCCCACCGACCAAAGGGAGCCCCCCAGUGGUUCCACCGCCUCUGCUCUGCACACCGCCCCCUCCUCCCCCGCCGCCCCCGCCGCCCCCGCCGCCCCCGCCGCCCCCGGCCUUGGGUCCCAGUGACAAGGCAGCGAAGCCUCAGCUAGCCCCCUUGCACCUACCGCCCAUCCCGCCCCCGCUCCCGCUCCUCCCUCCUUGUGGGCACCCCGGGCUCAACGCGGAUGCUGCCAGCCCAGCCCAAGAUGUGCGGGAGCCUCCCGCGCCGCCGCCCCCGCCACCUCCACUCCCCCUUUACGCCUCAUGCACCCCCAGGUCCUCUUUGCCUGCGCCCCCUUUGCCAAGUGCUAACAGCAGCUGUGAAGUCCCACCCCCGCUGCCCCCCAAGUCCCCCAGCUUCCAGGCCCAGCCACCCAAGCCCAGCGGGCAGGCCUUGCCGGCGCCGCCCGCCCCUCCGGGAUCUCAGCCGUUCCUGCAGAAGAAGAGGCCGGGCCGAGGCCCGGGAACCGGUGGGGGAAAACUCAACCCACCCCCAGCACCCCCUGCGAGGUCACCCACCACUGAGCUUUCCAGCAGGAGCCAGCAGACCCCAGCCUGGACCCCGACCCAGCAGCCUGGAGGUCAGCUGCGGAAUGGAAACUUGAACAUCAUUGAUGACUUUGAAUCUAAAUUCACGUUCCAUUCCAUGGAAGAUUUUCCUCCUCCGGAUGAGUAUAAACCAUGCCAGAAGAUCUACCCCAGCAAGAUCCCCAGAAGCCGCACACCUGGUCCCUGGCUCCACGCCGAGGCGGGCGGGCAGAGCUCUGAUGACAUCAAAGGCAGAAACGCUCAGUUAGCCCUUAAGACGCUCCGGUGA